AUGUCUGUCGUUGCAAAACAGAACCUGUUGAAUCAGGUUGAUGGUUCAGCAAGUUUUCAGUUCUCCUCCACAAAGGUCAUUUCUUCCGUGACCGGUCCUAUUGAAGUUACCAAAACCCGGGAUGAGAUACCAACUCGAGCUCAUCUUAGUAUAUCAGUAAGGCCAGCAACUGGUGUGCCAACCACCAGGGAAGCAUUUCUUGAAAGCAAGCUGAAAAAAAUAGUGUCUUCAAUGAUAAACAUGGAACAAUACCCGCUUUCAGAAAUACAGAUAGUGGUACAAGUCUUGGAGACUGGGGAAAGGGAACAAUUUACUUGCAAAGAGCUAUCAUGUGCAAUAAAUUCUGUUUACUUAGCACUUUUGAAUGCUGGAAUAUCGUUGAAAUCGAGUUUUCUAAGCUCAUUUUGCAUUUGUAAAGGUGACAAUGUUAUUGUGCGUCCCACAAAGGAUGAGCUAGACACUUCCACUUCACAUCAUGUUGGCGUGUAUUCCAUAGUUGAUGGGAAGGCUGAUGAAUUGCUAUACAGUGACUCCCUUGGCUACACUUCUGAGAGUGAGCUUUUUACUGCUCUUACAGCAAUAUCGGGGGAUGUAAACAAAAUCAAUGAAACCAUAAGAGAUGCGGUUCUCAACUCUGUGGUAGAAGACUAUGUCUGGAAAUUUUGA